UCAAUGUAUACAUUCAAAAAGCCCGCAUACAUAUCAAAAGGCUCAUCGGGAAACGGGAAAACUAACCAUAACAGGGAAUUCACCGGUCCUGUCCCAAGGCCCAGUGAGGUUCGACACUCGACAUCAACAAUAUUCCACCAAGUCAGUGUCGAGGGAUUUGUCUCCCCCCUCUUUUUAAAAGUGUACACUCUCUUCUCUGUCUUCUUAUUUUACUCUCAGCAAAGCUCUCGAUCUAUCGUCUGUCAUCAUCAUCUGCUGAGGAAGCAGAAAUUACCUCCACCAUGCCGUCCGACGACGACCUCAAAACCCACGCAGCCUCCAACCAUGACUUCUACGCGCUUCUCGAUAUAUCGCCCGCUGCCUCUGAAGCUGAAAUCCGCCGAGCCUAUCGUCGAACAGCCCUCAAAUACCAUCCGGAUAAGAUCACAAACCCUACCCAGGAGGACAUCGACAAGUUCCACCUUCUCCAGAUCGCCAACGAUGUGCUCUCCGACCCGGCGGUGCGCCAGCUCUACGAUAAUGCGCGCGAGGCGCGCGAGCGCAAGAAACGGGAACGGGAUAUGAUGGACGCGGCGAAGAGGAAAAUGAGAGAGGAUUUGGAAGCCAGAGAGCGGGCGGGCGCUGCGGGCGGUGCGCAAAGGGGGAUGAAGCGAUCGUGGGCAGCUGCGGGGAUGGCAGGCGGCUACGAUGACGACGCGGAGGAAAAGCUACAGAGGGAGAUUGAGAGGAUUGCAGAGGAUGGGCGACGGCGGCGACGAGAGGCGGAGGAUCGGUUAAAACAGGAGAUUGUGGAGGACGAGAAAAGGUUACGCGAGGAAGAAGAGGCGGCCCAGCGGGCAGCGGAUAGGAGUAGUCAGCGGGUUGAUCGCGCUCACGAAGGUGGUACGAAUAUCCCCGAGCAGGAACGAGCUGUGAAGGUGCGCUGGAUUCGAGAGGGACGUGGCCUGAACAUAGACAAGGAUCGCUUAAUCUCGUUAUUCGCGCCGUUCGGAAAGAUUGAUAAUGUGCUUGUGCUCAAAGAUAGGCGACAGCGUCUUGGAGAGAAGAAGGAGAAGACUACUGUUGCGUCGGGUGUGGUGGUUUUCGCCUCUAUUGUCAGCGCGCAUGCUGCUGUUCUAGACAGCGAGAAAAUUAGACGUGCAAGCAUUGGACAGACAGACAAUGACUGGAACGCGAUUGACUCGGUUUUCUGGGCGCUGGGGAACCAGCCUGACCUAGGCGCAGGAGUCGACAGUCGUUCUGGUUCUCCCUCCCCAGGCCAAGCAGCAGGGGCUCCUCCCUCGACGAAAGAAGACAGUGCGCCAAAGUCCACCCCCAAACCUACAUUCAGUUUCUCCGGGCUAAAGUCUGCGGGAGCUGCUGGGGGGCAGCCAGGAAAGGCACCAUCUUUCGGGUCUUUCUCGUCUGCAGCAACAGGAGGCGCAUCGAAACCCGGUCCUCCAGAUGACUCAACGAAUGGGGCUAAAACUCCAAGCCUGCAAGAAAUGACGUUCAUGCGCCUUAAAAGUGCGCAGCGGGAAAAGGAGCGCAAAGCUCUGGAGGAACAGCUUCGGAAAGAAGAUGAAGCUGCGGAUGUGGCUGAGGCUGCUACCACGAAAGGUUGAGAUCUCCCUAUGCUCUCUCUCUCUCUCUCUCUCUCUCUCUAUACCUACAGGGAGUGGGGAGAUUCUACCCAGUUUUACACGGAUCCUUUUUGCUCGAGAAGAUACCCAUGCAUAGCUUGUUUAAAUUUUUGUAUUUUCUUUUCAUACAUUGGUUUG